AUGUUUUAUCAUAUACUUAGUAGUGGCAACAAACAACAGCAGCAACAGCAACAGCAACAACAAGACCAAGAACAACAACAACAACCAACAGCAGUAGUAAAACCAAAACCACAACUGCAGAUAACUCAACAUCACUAUAACCUUAGCUCGAUCAAUAAGGAUAAAGAGAAAGAGAAAGAAAAAGACAAAGACAAAGAAAAAGAUAGUAUUAGUAGUAGUAGUACGACAACGACAACGACGACGAAUAAUCAAAAUAAUCAAAAUAAUAAUACAUCUUCAUCUUCAUCAUCAACGGCAACAUCACCAACGAUUACAAGUUUAAAUACUUUUAAUACAACUUCAACCACGACUACUACAACAGCACCAACAUCCUCCACUGCAUCAUCUCUUGAUAGAAAGUCUUGGAUGACAGAGGCCUUUUCUAGAAGAUCGAGCACUUCACUACCUACUACACCAAUGAGCAGACCACUAAAUAAACUGCACCAAGCCAUAGCGGCAAAGGACCUCACCAAGGUCAAGCAGAGACUAGCACAGCCGAGAAAGGCUAAACUAGAGAUGCUAGAACUGGACCACAUGGACCAGAACCCUCUCUGCGCAGCCCUUCGUUUCGGUUGCUACGACAUUGUUAAAGAUAUUUUACAAUUCUAUCAAACAAACAAAUUGGAUAUAAAUCAACAAGAUAAAAAUGGAUAUACAGCAUUACAUGUUGCAACAAGUAACUGUGACGAUCAAAUUUUAAUGUUAUUACUACGUGAGGAAGGAGUCAAUGUAAAUCUAAUCAACGACGACAAGAAUUCAGCAUUACAUUACUUUUGUCAAAAGUUUAAAUCACCAAAUCUUUCAGAACCAUUCGAAUUGUUCCUCAAGAAGGGUGUCAAUAUCAAUCUACAAAAUAAGAAUGGUGAAACUCCAUUACAUAAAUCUAUAUUUAAUAAUUCAGUUCGUUUAUUAAUGGUUAAUAAAUUAUUAGAACAUAAAGCAGAAGUAAAUGUAUUAAAUUCAAGAGGUGAGAGUCCACUUCAUUUUGCAGUACGUCUUGGUAGAGAAGAUUUAGUAUCUGUUUUGGUAAAAGCAGGUGCUGAUCCAAAUAUCAAAGGAAAUGAAAAAAAGACAUGUUACGAAUUAUCACUUCAAGGUCAAAAUGUAAAAGUAAUUAAUUUUUUAAAGAAUGUUCAAGACGUUUAUAAUUGGUUACAAUCAAUUGAAUUGGGAGAAUAUUGGUUAAACUUUGUGAAAGAAGAGAUAUUUAUGGAUUUAUUACCGGAUCUUGAUGAUACAACAUUGGAUUCGUUAAAGAUUGUGACCAAAGGACACAGAAUACAAAUUACAAAACAAUGUAGGCUAUUAAAAGAGCAACAACUGCAACCAACACCAACCAAACUACCCAAGCCCGUCACACCCAAGGGCGACAAAUCGACACCACCCGGUGGCUCUUUUGAAAAGGAAUCGAUACAGUCUGACGAGCUCCGAACAACGUUGGUCAACAUACACAAUGGAUCGAAUAUCAUCUACUCUAACGACCUAGAGUAUACAUUACUGCAGUCGCGAUUCUCUGUACCAUGUGAUGAACACGGUCAAAUGACACUCGGUAUCCAGCAGCUGCACAACAACCAGCCUCAGAUUGUUCACCGUGACUUCAAGUCACUCAAUCUCCUCGUCAACGAAGACUGGGAAUGUAAAGUAUGUGAUUUUGGACUCAGUCGUUUUAAUACGGCCGACAACUUGGACACGCUCUCCAAGAUCCGUGGCACGUUUGCCUACUGCUCGCCAGAGGUUGCCAAUGGCUCGGGAUCGCCCUACACCACCAAAUCAGAUAUUUUCAGCAUUGGUAUUGUCUUUUGGGAGUUGUUGGUGCGUGUGCUCACUGGCGAGUACUCUCGACCCUAUUCCGAGUAUCCACACAUCAAGAUGGAUUUCCAAAUCAUGCUCAACUCUAAAGAGGGUCUCCGUCCAACUCUACCCUCUUCUUGUCCUGCCGGUCUCGUCAAUCUCUACAAGGAUUGCGUACACCAGGAAGCCAGCCAUCGUCCAACCUGCGAAGAUAUCAUCUCGUCGCUAAAUAUCCUCAAAAAAGAAUACGUCGCUCAUCGUCAGUCUUGGGACACCCUAUUAAAACAACAAUAUAUUCAUUCCAACAAUAAUAAUUCUGCAAAUACUACUUUUUCUUCUUCAAAUUCAUCAACCUCUACAACUCCAAAUAGUUUAAACAUUUUUAAUAAUAAUAGUAAUCAUAGUAAUGAUCAUAAAUAA